AUGCCGCUGCGUCGCACCCAUCGCAAGUCACGGCAUGGCUGCAAAGCUUGCAAACAGCGGAGGGUCAAGUGUGAUGAGAAACGCCCUACAUGCUCCAAUUGCACGACGCGCCAGGAAGAGUGCGAAUAUGUGACUGACGCCUCGUACAUCUGGGCUGCGGACGAGCCUCCAGCUCCUCGCCGUACAAGGUCAAGGCGCAUUGCACCUUCUAUAACGACAACUACAACGACAACGACACAAGGAAGUACGCCAGAGACACCAUUCCGCCUCCUCGAUCGACCCUUCAGCCAUGAAACCGCAUCGCUCACCCCGCCACUGGAUAUGACCCAGCUCAGACUCCUGGUGAACUGGCAAACCGAGACAUGUCAGUUCUUCUCCCGCGACGCGGAGACCAGAAUCGUCUGGCAGGUCAGCCUCGUCGACGAAGCGCUCAAGACGCCGCCUCUCAUGCACGGCAUCCUGGCUGUCUCGGCAUUGCACCUUGCGCUCUUGGACCUGCAGUGUGGUCAGGAACAGGCGUUUUGGCUUGGGCUUGCUACCGCGCAUAAAGGGGAGGCGUUGCAGGCGCUGAGGGAGGGGUUGAAUAGUGUUGCUGCAGAUAAUGCUCGAUCGAUGAUGGGACUUUCCGCGCUGGUCGUGGCGUAUGCUUUUGGGGCUGCACUGACGGGUUCGGGCGCCGAUGACUCGGGCGAUAGACCCUCGCUAGAUAGCCUGAACAACAUCUUUGUUUUGUGUCGCGGGGUGCAGCAGGUGACAAAUUCAGCGUACGCCGUCCUCCGACAGAGCAACUUCGCGCCGCUGUUCAACCCGGGCGAUCAGUCUGUUGCGAUUCCGGACCACGUCAGGGAAUCACUCGACCAUCUGGAGCAUUUGAACACUGAAUGUCUGCAAGCUGGGGAGCACGAUCACGACUCCGCUACGUAUACCCGUGUCAUUGAAGCGCUACGGAGCUUAUCCGGCCACGCGUUCACCCAGCCCAACUCGAUGACACUGGCUGCUGGGUGGGCGAUCAGGGUAUCUUCGGAAUACCUGGGGUACCUUCAAGCGAACCAUCCGUUUGCGCUGGUAGUUCAUGCGCAUUACUGUGCCUUUCUUCAUCUCGCCCGUGGAAACUGCUUUCUGCGGUCCUGGGGCCGAGCUGUUCUGGAAGAUAUACUCUGCCUGCUGGACGACGAGUGGAAACCGCAUAUCGAGUGGCCGGUGACGGAGGUUUUCGGGGAUGGUCACUUGCAGUCUUCACAGUCACCCGUGUUUUCAAUCAAUACAUAG